GCUGCUCAAAACAUGGGUUUUGUUCAAACCAAUAAUCAUAAUGAAAUUGCCAAGAUUGUCCAGAAGUUAUUGCAUCCACAGCUUCCUCACCAUCCUACUUGGAAUCCUCCUUCAAGGGAAUAUAUGAAUAAAGCUUUAACUUGCCAAAUGUGCAAAGUCACCAUCAAUGACGUGGAAGCUGUGCUUAUUUGUGAUGCUUGCGAGAAAGGAUUUCAUUUGAAAUGUCUGCAGGCAGCUAAUCUAAAGGGAAUUCCUAAAUUAGAAUGGCAUUGCACAAGAUGUCUGCAUUUAUGCAACGGAAAGCUUCCCCCUCCUAAAUAUGGACGCGUAAUGAGAAGUAUGAUUGCACCAAAAGUGCCUUCUAACACAGGUGUAAUGCAGUUAUCUUCAGAAAAGAAAAUAUCAUCCCUAGAUUCACAGGAUAAUCAGCACAAAAUAAAAACAAAUGGAAACCCUGGUUUACAAAGUCCUGCUGGCCCCGGUACUAUGAGCAGCAACUUUUCUGAGCCAAUCUCUGAUCCUAGGGCCCUGAAUUCAAGAGAAAUGCAAGGAAGUAACUUAUCGUCAAGUAAAUCAGGUUUCGAUCAGAAUACGAUUUCUGCAACCUGCCCAAGUACCUCGACAAAAUCAUUAGAAGCUUCUGGUCCUACUUUUCCAUCCAAUGGAAAUUUGAAUCCACCCAGCCAAAUUGCCGAAUCAUACAGCCAUGAAGAGAAAUCAAUUUCUGAAUCAGAAAAUGCAAAAUCACAACCUCCUGCAAUGUCUGUCGGUACACAUGAUCAUAGUCAACCCUCACAAAACACACAGUACCAAUCUGGAAUUGCUUUGGGGAAGGAAAUUAUUAUUCCAGACUCAGAGCAUACUAAUGUAAGACAAGAUGAUGAUAACAUUUCAAGAAUGAAUGAAAGACAGCAAGGUGUGGCACAAGAAAAUCCCACUGGAAGUUCUGGACCUUGGACUGAUGAUGGAAAACAUGAUAAGGUUACCUCUGAAGGUUCCCAUGGUGUUGAGUGGAUAGGUGAUGUUCGUCAAGUUGUGGAUGGGAGAAAAUCUUAUCAAUCUUGUCGCAUUAAUGGAAUAAUAUAUAAAGUGCAGGAUCAUGCUCUCUUGCGCUCUAGCCAAGACAAAUUGAUACCUAUGAAGCUUCAGGCUAUGUGGGAGGACAUGAAAACUGGAUCAAAGUGGGUGGUUGUUAAUAGGUGCUACUUUCCUGCUGAUCUACCGGAGGCUGUUCGCUCCCAGUCUGACGUUGAGAACAAUGAAGUUUAUGAUUCAAAUAGCAAUAGCACUAUAAUGGCUAGCUUGAUUCAAGGUCCAUGUGAAGUUCUUCCUGCUACAAAGUUUAAAGACAAGAAUGAACGGCGGAUGCAGUUAGGAACUGAGGCAAACAGAGGAUUACCACCGGUUUUCCACUGCAAGGGGUUCUAUGACGAAUUCAGAGGGACUCUCACCAUAUUCUGAGUUGACCUGGCUAUACACCUAGUUUAGUUAAUGAGAACAUCUUUGGUUACAGCAAGUGUACGAGGCAUCCUUUGGGUCAGGUGAUAUGUGGUGAACUGAGCUUCUACAGACAAACAAUGAUUAAAGAGAAACCGGUUGGUGUUCUACAUGUAGUUUUAGUAGUACUAAUCUGUACCAUAUUCUUUAUAGCAAUGUAGAUUCGUGUCCUUGAUGUCCAUUUGUUCUUCCAAACUUGCUAUUAGAUUAUCAUGGAUCAUAAGAUGGUAUUUUUUUCUUUGAAA